AUGCCUCCUCCGCCGCACCAAAAGCCUGAGAAUGUUCUCAAGAGGGCUCACGAACUCAUCGGAGUCGGCCAGGCUCCCGCCGCCUUGACUCUGCUCCAUGAGCACAUCACCAACAAGCGCUCCCGAAAUGUCCCAAUUAUGUCGCUGGAGCCUGUGAUGCUCCUCCUCGUCGAGCUUUCCGUCGAACAGAAGAAGGGCAAGCUUGCCAAGGACGCCCUUUACCAAUACAAGAAUAUUUCCCAGAACACAAAUAUUGCUACCAUCGAGCUGGUCCUUAAGAAGUUCAUUGAGCUCGCGGUUGAGAAGGUCACUGCCGCCCAGCAAAAGGCCGACGAAGUUCAGGAGAGCAUUGACGCUACUGCCGGCACCUCCAACAUCGAGGAUCUCGAGGCCACCGAGACCCCGGAGUCUAUCCUCCUUGCUACUGUCUCCGGUGAGCAGUCCCGAGACCGUACCGAUCGAGCUAUCGUCACUCCUUGGCUCAAGUUCCUCUGGGAGGCCUACCGAACUGUCCUCGACAUUCUCCGAAACAAUGCUCGUCUCGAGAUCCUCUACCAGAGCACCGCUACCCAGGCAUUUGACUUCUGUCUCAAGUACACUCGCAAGACCGAGUUCCGUCGCCUCUGCGAGCUCCUCCGAAACCAUGUGCAGACCGCUGCCAAGUACUCCUCUCAGAUGCACGCCAUCAAUCUGAGCGACCCCGACACUCUCCAGCGACACCUUGAGACACGUUUCCAACAGCUCAAUGUCGCUGUAGAGCUCGAGCUCUGGCAGGAGGCUUUCCGAAGUGUCGAGGACGUUCACACUCUUCUUAGCCUCAGCAAGCGACCUCCCAAGAAUAUCAUGAUGGCCAACUACUACGAGAAGCUUACCCGAAUUUUCCUUGUCGGCGAGAACUACCUCUUCCACGCUGCUGCUUGGUCGCGAUACUACACUCUUCUUCGUCAGUCCUCUGUCCUGGUAGCCACUGGCCAGGGCAAGAAGGCUGACAACCCCCCUGCCUCCGAUGCUGAGCUUCAAAAGGCCGCCUCUUUCGUUGUACUCUCCGCCCUUGCCAUCCCUGUCAUCAGUACGUCCCGAUCUCGAGGUGCCAUGGUUGACUUCGACGAGGCCAGAAAGAACAAGAACUCUCGCUUGACUCACCUCCUUGGAAUGUCUCAAGCACCUACUCGUGCCAGACUGUUCCGGGACGCUCUCUCAAAGUCCCUUCUUCAGCGCGCUCGCCCUGAGAUUCGGGAGCUUUACGAGAUCCUUGAGGUCGACUUCCAUCCUCUGUCCAUUUGCCAAAAGAUCUCUCCUAUCCUGACCAAGAUUGGAGCCGAUUCUGAGAUGGAGAAAUACAUUCUCCCCCUGCAGCAGGUCAUCCUUACCCGUCUGUUCCAGCAGCUUUCCCAGGUCUACGAAACUGUCGACCUGUCUUUCGUCGAGAGCCUGGCUCAAUUCCCGGAGCCUUACCAGGUCACUCGUGGGACUAUUGAGAAAUUCAUCAUGAAUGGUAACAAGAAGGGUGAUCUCUCUGUCCGCAUGGCCCAUGCCACAGGUGUUCUGAGUUUCGAUAACGAUGUCUUCUCUUCCUCCAAGGCUAGCCACGGCGGGUCCUCUGCUGGUUCUGCAGAGUCUGAGACCGGUACCGUCCAACGUCUUCAGAGCACUCCCUCUGAGAUUGUCCGCUCCCAGCUUACCCGACUCGCCAAGUCUCUCUUUACCACAUGCCAUUACGUUGACCCUGGCUUUAACAAGGAGCGCCUCGAGGCUCGUGAAGCUGCUCUCGCUCGCGCCAAGGCUGGUGCUGAGGAGGAACAUCUGGCUAUUCUUUCACGAAAGGACCUCAUCCAGAAGCGCAAGGAGGUUGCUUCUGAGAUUCAAGCCAAGAAGGAGAAGGAGAAUGCCCGCCAGAAGAGGCUUCGUGAGCAAGCUCUUCAAGAAGCUGAGGAUCUUCGUCUCGCCAAUGAGCAAAAGGAGCGCGAGGCCAAGCGUCUCAAGGCUGAGCGCGACCGAGUUCGCAAGGAGGAACUCAAGAAGCAGAUCGCCGAUCUCAAAAUGGGCGACAAGGCUAUCGAUAUUGAUCUGGAGGAUCUUGACAACCUUGACAGCAACCGCCUACGCGCAAUGAAGCUGGCUCAGCUUGAGCGUGAAAAGAAUGAUGUUAACGAGCGCCUCCGCAUCACUGGCAAGCGUCUCGAUCAUCUUGAACGUGCUUUCCGUAAGGAGGAAGCCAAGAAACUGCACGAGGACUAUGCCAAGCAAAAUGAGCAGGACCGCAAGAUCUAUGAGACUGUUAAGGCCCAAACCCUCAAAGAUGCUGAGCAGAAACACAAGGAGAGUGUUGAACUCAAGCACCGACUUAGUCGACUGGUGCCUCAGUACGAGGAGUUCCGUGACUCCCUGCAUGAACGCCGUCGUGAUGAGUUCGAGAAGCGCCGUCGCGACGCUGAGCGUGAGCUUGAGAAGCAGAUCGCACAGCGCAAGAAGGAGGUCCGAGACCGACGUCUUCGUGAGAAGCGUGAGCGCGAGGAGAAAGAGCGCGAGCUACGUGAGGCUGAAGAGCGCGCUGCUCGCGAGAAGGAGGAGCAGCGCAUUCGGGAUGAAGCUCGUAAGGAAGAGCUUGCCAAGCUCAAAGAGCAGCGGGAGAAGGAACGUCAAGAGAUGCUGGAGAAGGCUGCCCUUCAACAGCGACGCGAAGAAGAAGCACUGGCUCGUCGCAAGGCGGAGAAGGCCCAAGGGGCUGGUGGCUUCUCUCGUGGGCCAGAGCGCACAGAUUCGUCCGAGGGCCGAAGACCACCUAUCUUUGGUGCCGGCAAAUGGCGAGAACGUGAGGCGGCCACCCGUGACGCUGGCGAUGCUCCUCCUCCUUCUCGAGCACCUCCUGCCGAGAGGUCUGAUUCCAAUGACCGACCUUCUGCUGGUGGUCCUCCCAAGCUCAACCUUGCUGGUUCCAAGCCCAGCUGGCGAGAGCGUGAGGCUGCAAAGCAGGCCGCUAGUGGUGGAGCUGAUGUUGGAUCUUCCGCCCCUCCCCCUCGCUUCGCGCCUCGGGGUGGUGCGCCGCCUAUGGACCGAAGCGGCUCUGGCCGUGCUGAUGAGGAUCGAAAGCAGUCUCCAGCUCCUCCUGCGGAAUCCCUGCCUGCCUCACGAGGCAAGUGGGUUCCUCCUCACAUGAGGAACAAAUAA